UAUUGGGAUAAGGACGAGACGAAAGCUACCUCCGUGACCAACUCCGCCAACCGCAAGAGCGAUCGUGGCGGGAAGGGCAUGUACAAGCACAAUUUGGGUGCCCAGACUAUUGCCACUCUGGGGGAUCGCUUGAUAAGUUCAAUCUUUUUUUUUUAAUUAUUUAAAUAUUUUUAUUUUAUUUUUAUGCAUUUCUUCUAAUUUCUAAUGUUUGUUUAACUUUUGUUUUUUUCAAGGCGGAUCAAAAUGAUGGCGAGCCGGUUGAUGAUUUCGUCCUAAUGAAGACGACGCAUACCAACAAGCACACCGGGGAGAUUGAUGAUGGUGUUGUGAGGGAUGUGCUCAGCCUGAUCGAAACUCAGAAGGAAGACGAAGAGACCCGUCUAUCUCAGCUUCAAACCGACCUGGACGCCACUUCGACGGCUUCGACCAACUUGUCCCGGAUUCGAAUCAACGAAAUCGUUGAAUCGUCGGUUCCAAAGAAGAAGGGACGUUUGGUCGGUUUGGGUCGUCGAGCCCGGUCGGUUCCUCCUUCUGCACCACAGCCCUAUGUUGAUCCAGAAGUGCUUAUGGACCAGUUGAAGGACAAAGAUGACUGCAUAGCUGCGUUGGAGCAAAAGAUGGCGGAUCAAGAGGCGGGAUGGGAGGCAACGAGGAGGCAGAACGGGAGGCAACGAGGAGGCAGAACGAGCAAAUGAUGGAGAUGUUGAAGAGGAUGUACCCGAACGAGCAGUUCCCGUAAUUUCUUUCUUUUUUUUUCAAA